UCUCGCAUGGCCGUUGCUAUUCAAUUAAUCCCCAGCUCACUCUCUCUCACUACACUUUACACCCAGCCCUCCAUUUAGGGUUUCGAUUUUGUUUUUCGUUUUGCGACCUCGUUUUGCCGAUCUCGUGUUCAGUAAAAUCCUUGGAGCAAAUUCUAAGCUGCGGCAUAAUUCGGGAGUUUUCGUAGCCGAGCUCGCGUCAUUGCCAAUUUUGGAGGGGUUCGACCUCGAAGCGCAGCUGAGGUUUCUCUGAUCUUCUGUCUACGAGGGUGAAUGUUGUAUACAUUUGACGGCGAAUUUGCGGCAGCCAAGGGUGUCAGUCAUCAGGAGGCAAGCAGAGCAGAGCUCAGGUCCUGUGUCUCCAUACCGCCCCCUCUCUUCCUUUAGAGCGGGGUUGAAUUAAGAACGCAGUUAUAAUAUGAAUACUCCAGGCACAGUCCCACGGAGCACAAUGAAAGGGAGGUCACAAUCACUUUUUUACCGGGAUUUAUCGGCAACCCCUGUCACUAGAGCUCCAGCAUCUCGUAGAGAUCUUGGUACACCAGGGCAAGUUGCUGCUGUAGCAGCAUUAUGGCGCGAAAACGUCGGGGGGAUGGAUCCACCUCCCCCUCCUAUGUUCACUUUGGAGGACAGAGUUGAGAGAUCUGUCGAUGCUGCACCCGUGGCUGACCAAACAUACAGGAGUCUCGAGUCUAUGAAGUACACAGAGGGUCGGUCUCCGGUUAGGACCCCAUCUAGCAGUGAGCAAAGAGAUUAUAACAGCUACAAUUACCCUGAUCCAAUCAUGGGCAGUCCCAUGUUUUCUGCAUCUCCCCCAACUCCACCCCAGAAUGACUCAAUAGGUAGCCCAAUUUGGUGGUCAGCUUCGAAAGAUCGCAGCACACACGAAGGUGUCCUAGGGAGAACUGGAGAAAAAGACGGAAGUAGUCCCGUUUCUGGGGUUGUGCAACCACCGCAGCAGAAACUGGGAGGUUUGCUCGCUUUAGAACCUCCUCGAGAUAUUGUCCGACCCGAGGUCCUGCUUUCUGGUUGCGCCGCCGAUGCUAUGGAGGGCGAUGAGUGGGUGACGGUUUUUGGAUUCGGAGCAGCAGAAACAAACACUGUCAUGAGAGAGUUCGAGAAAUGUGGGCCUAUCGUGGAUCACGUCUCUGGACCUGGUGGAGCAAAUUGGAUACACAUUCAGUAUCAGAACCGAUAUGAUGCCAAGAAGGCGCUGCUGAAGGAUGGGAUGUUGCUGAAUGGCUCUCUUAUUGUUGGUGUGAAGUCUUUGGACCUGGCACAACGGCAAAUUCUAACUAGUAGGCAAGAGCACCCAGCAUCCAUGAUCCUUCCUCCUCGAUCAACUGGUUGGGGGGCGGCAAAUGCCAGCGGGCAAGUGUCCCAGCGCCCUUAUUAUGUGCAGCGGACAGAAAAUGGAUCCCGGUCGUCUGGUGUGCUUGCCAUGCCAGAAAAAUCGACUGUCACCAAAUUCGUUGAGUUUGUAUUUGGUAUGUAAUGGAGGUAAAAGUAGAUGAAGUAGCAUAUUGGGAACUUAAAGAUUAUUUGUUCACGUUUUAAAAUAGUCUAGGAGAAGUCCACUCUUGUUGACUGCUCUGUGUGUGAGCUAUUUUAAAGGUUAAAGUGUGAAAAUCACAUAUUCCACUCA